UUGUAGCGUUACUGUGGUUCAUUUGAAAUUUGCAGAAACAUGGCGGGGUUGGAGUUGCUGUCUGAUCAAGGAUACCGUUUAGAUGGAAGAAAAGCAACCGAGCUACGGAAGGUCCAGGCCCGUAUGGGUGUGUUUGCUCAGGCCGACGGCUCUGCGUAUUUGGAGCAGGGCAACACUAAAGCCCUGGCUGUUGUGUACGGUCCGCAUGAAAUGAGAGGUUCCCGCAGUCGGACUCUUCAUGAUCGAGCUGUCAUCAACUGCCAGUACAGCAUGGCCACAUUCAGCACAGCAGAGAGGAAAAGGAGACCACACGGAGACCGCAAGUCCACAGAGAUGAGCCUCCACCUGAAACAGACAUUUGAAGCUGCAGUAAUGACCCAGCUCUACCCACGUUCCCAAAUAGACAUCUAUGUCAAGAUUCUCCAGUCAGACGGAGGAAAUUACAGUGUUUGUGUAAAUGCUGCCACGCUGGCAGUGAUUGAUGCGGGUAUUCCAAUGCGGGAUUACGUGUGUGCCUGCACGGUUGGGUUUGUGGACGAGACGCCGCUUGCUGACCUUUGCUACGCUGAAGAAAGUGGAGGCGUGAGCUCACUGGCCUUAGCGCUGCUGCCCCGUGGUGGGCAGAUUGCUUUGCUGCAAAUGGAUGCCAGGCUACAUCAGGAUCAUCUAGAGACUUUGAUUGAUGCUGCAAUGACUGCUUGUAAAGGUGUGAGCAAAGUGCUGGAUGAGGUAGUGCGACAGCAUCUCCAGGAGGUCUCAGUGCUCACUAGAGAGUGAUGUAGGAUGGACGCAGAAACAUCUAGACUAUGCUUCCAGGUGCAGCCUGGAAAGUGUCACUGGACUUUGAAUGAAGACCGAUAUUUCCUAGGAAAUCUGGAAUAAAGCGUUGCCACCACCAACAAUGUUAUGGUAAGAUUUUUGUGUUGGCAGGAUUAUAGUAGUCAACCUUUGUUGGAGAAUGGGGUCAAGGAGGAACCCAGUUGUUUUGGAGUAAAUCCUGAUGAAGAGAGUCUUCAUUUGUGUGUAAUUUGUUUAUAUGACACUGUAGAGCCUUGGUAUACACUCUGUGUAAUUCUAGUUUUAUAUGCACUCAGAGCAAUUUCAAUAUACUUUUUUAAAUGUAUACAUAUGAAACUAACAAUAAAUAUGUGAACCCAG